UGGGUUGUCAUCCCUUAUGCAGUGCAUAAGGUGUUCUUCCUGUGAUUGUAUGCACACUAUUAUUGUAUGCACUCGCUAUCUUAGGUGGAACUUGUAGGGCACUGCACCGAGAAUGGACUCUAUCUUGUGUAUGAUUAUAUGCCAAAUGGUACCCUGAGCCAACACCUGCAUAACCCUGCAAACUAUGGUUACAAGCCUUUGCGAUGGAAUGAGAGGGUACAGAUAGCACUUGAUGCUGCUAGAGCUCUGGAAUACAUUCACGAGCACACAACACCUAGAUAUGUACAUCGUGAUAUCAAGUCCAACAAUAUCCUUCUAGAUAAAAACAUGCGGGCAAAGGUAGCAGAUUUCGGGCUGACAAAGCUUAUUCGGGAGAACUCGGAUGGCAACUCACAGACACGGCUUGUGGGAACAUUUGGAUAUAUGGCUCCAGAGUAUGCAAGAUUUGGUGAGAUAUCAACAAAAGUUGAUGUUUAUGCUUUUGGUGUGGUUCUUCUGGAGCUUGUUUCUGGAAAGGAAGCGAUUGUACAGAGGGAUGCUACGGGGAUGAAUGGAACUAUCAUAUCUUUGGUAAGGAAUUAUGGAACCUCUGAGACCACCAUUGACGUCCUUGUUCCUUAUGGACUUUCAUCCAUAGUGACCAUUUGCUCAAACCAUGCCUCAUUGAUUCAUUUAUCUGAAGAGAAUAAGUGGGAUUAAUUGUACACUGUUUGACCAACUGCAAGGUAUCCAGGUGAUUGACACAGGGUGCACAAUCAUCGCCUCUUCCGUCCUGCAGAUUGGGCGUGCCAACUUGUUUUAUGUGGUCUGCUAAUGUGAAUGGUAUUUGGUGUUCCAUAAUCAGCACAGCAUCGGCAUUUAAAUUC